GAGGCUGCCUGUGAGCGCAGCAAGCUUCAGGAAGGAAAGAAACUGAAAAUGGGGAAAUGAAAUGAAAAUGAUUCCCAGUUAUUCCAGUGAAUGGUGCCAACCUGCCCGGUCCCAUCCACCCAGGGCAUCUCUGUGUCUAUUCCUGGAGGAUAUAAGCCCGGCAGCCCUGCGCUCUGAGCCAGAGGCCGGCCGGCAGCCAGGCAUGAGGAAGGGGCAUUCUCCUCCCUUCCUUGUCCCUUGUCCCCCACUAAUGCUGCCUGGACCUGCUGCUGCAGCCGGUCCCAUCACCCAGGGGUGGGACGGAGAUGUCCCACGUGGCGGAGGCACCCGGACCGUCCCCUCCUGGAAAUGAGCCCGCUGUACCCAUGGCCACAGGCAGGAGAUCCUCAUAGCGUGGGAAAGACGCAAGCUGCCGGCAUCCGAUCCGGGGAUUUAUGCUGCUAAUCUGAUUAGUGUAUGAUGGACGUGUCCAGUUGGAAGGAGAUGGAGGUGGCACUAGUCAGUUUUGACAACGCUGAUCAGAUUGUGGAGGAUCCCUGUUAUUCAAACGACCUCAGCCCCGCCAGCCAGUCGCGGAAAGGCCACCCCAGCUGCGCCAACCUCCUCUCCAACCUGCGCAUCCUCAUCAACAGCGAAAACGCCAACAAUGAGACCAUCUUCUCCAGGUUCUCCGCCGAGUUCAGUGAGCAUCUGGUGGGGGAGAGGGUGGGUAUGGAUGAGGGGGACCAACGAGUCAUCAUUAACAUCGCUGGGCUGAGGUUUGAGACGCGGCUCAAGACCCUCAACCAGUUCCCUGAGACCUUGCUCGGCGACCCAGAAAAGAGGAUGCGUUACUUCGACUCCAUGAGGAAUGAGUAUUUCUUUGAUAGGAACAGGCCCAGUUUUGAUGGGAUCCUGUACUAUUACCAGUCUGGUGGGAAAAUACGGCGCCCUGCUAAUGUCCCCAUUGAUGUCUUUGCUGACGAAAUCACCUUCUACGAGCUGGGUGAUGAAGCCAUGGACCAGUUCAGGGAGGAUGAAGGGUUCAUCAAAGACCCUGAGACCCUCUUACCAACUAAUGACUUUCAUAGGCAAUUUUGGCUGCUCUUUGAGUACCCUGAAAGCUCCAGUGCAGCCAGAGGUGUAGCCUUGGUCUCUGUCCUGGUCAUUGUCAUCUCCAUCAUCAUCUUCUGCAUGGAGACCUUGCCGGAGUUCAGGGAGGAAAGGGAGUUUAAGUCCACCCAGGAGCUUUCCAAGAAUCUGACGGACACCUUGCUGGCCCACAGUACCUUCACAGACCCUUUCUUCGUCAUAGAGACUGCCUGCAUCAUCUGGUUCUCCUUCGAGCUCUUUGUCCGGUUCAUCGUGUGCCCCAGCAAGACCGAAUUCUUUAGGAACAUCAUGAACAUCAUCGACAUCGUGUCCAUCAUUCCCUACUUUGUGACGCUCACCACUGAGCUGAUCCAGCAGAGCGAACUCAACGGGCAGCAGAACAUGUCCUUGGCCAUCCUGCGGAUCAUCCGGCUGGUCAGGGUCUUCCGUAUCUUCAAGUUGUCCCGGCACUCCAAGGGGCUGCAGAUCCUGGGGCAGACCCUCAAGGCCAGCAUGCGGGAGCUGGGCUUGCUCAUCUUCUUCCUCUUCAUCGGCGUCAUCCUCUUCUCCAGCGCCGUCUACUUCGCAGAAGUGGAUGAACCACAGUCCCACUUCUCCAGCAUCCCUGAUGGCUUCUGGUGGGCCGUGGUCACGAUGACGACUGUUGGCUAUGGAGAUAUGUGUCCCACCACCUUGGGUGGGAAGAUCGUAGGGACUCUGUGCGCCAUUGCAGGGGUAUUGACCAUUGCACUGCCCGUCCCUGUCAUCGUCUCGAACUUCAACUAUUUCUACCACAGGGAGACGGAGAACGAAGAGAAGCAAAUCCUGCCCGGGGAGGUGGAGCGAAUGCUCGCCAGCGUGGUGACGGGCAACGGCAGCAUGGAGUCCCUCAAUAAGACCAAUGGGGGUUACCCUCGAGACAAGGCCAAAAAAUGAUGCUUGAGGCCAUGAUGGGACUGGGCUCUGUGUGGUGGGAUUGGCUGGAUAAGGAAUAACCCAUCUGCAUGCUGUGAUUUCUUUUUUAAAACCAAAUGUGCUGCUGCUUAUUUUCUUCUAUUUUUUUUUUUCUCUAGGCAUUUUUCAAUCUCUGAUUUCCUGUGGCUGUUCAAAUAAACACCAUCUUUCUUAUCUCUCUGCCCUGCCCAUCAGUCUGGUUUUUGUUAAUUUGAUGCUCAUCCGCUUUUACCUUCUCUGUCCAUAGCUUCAGAGUGGAGCUCCCCAUCUACAGAGAAUUCCCCCAUUUAUCAAAGGAGGAAUAAGGGCAAAAUGACAUUAAAUGCUCAGUGUCACCCAGCUGGAUGAAGGUGGGUCCAGCUCCCUGCUAUCCAUUUAACAUAGUUUCUCCCUACGCAUCACUUAGGAUCUGGGGCUCUGACCAAUUCCCAGAGUUGGGAAUGCUCUGGCUGGAAAAUUAGCUGGUGAAUAGAAUAAAUUACAAGUUGUAUUUGUAGCUGGACGAGUUUCUUGGUCUUCCUGCCUACAUCAUCCUGUUGGCACAGCAGUAAUGGAUGGAGACAAGCAACCAGGUGAGGGGAUUAGGAGGAGAGGGAUGAUGACCAGUCAUGGUGGCACAGCCACCAAAGAAGGUCUGGGAUGCCAUGGCUCAAUAGGAUUUAUGAGGGAAAACUGAGUUUUGAGACAGGGAAGGGCGUUUCUCCUGCAGCAAAUGCUUGACUCAGGGGUUAGCUGGUGUACGAAGCCCUUGUGGCUUUGAUUGUCACUUACGUUGCUGCCAAUGGGGCACAGAGCAAUGAGGGCUGAAGUAUCCCAAUGGCUCAGCUUCCCACCAUGAAAAGGCACUUGUGGUUCUCUGCACCAUGCACAUUUCCAUCAGCACUUCAGAAGGGAGAAACCAGCACCACAUCAUUUUGCCGUUCCCUCUAAUGCCAGCAGGUUUCCUUCCGAAAACAUUUUGUUCCAGCUUCACUGUUUCACUUGGCUUUUGCUGAUGUUUCUGCCUACAUUAAAAUCACAGUUUCUCAAGCAGUGUCUACACAUCCGCUUUUAUAUCCCACAUCUGUUAUACUCGAUGUCUCAUCUCCUAAAGAUUCAAUAUGAUCGUUACACAAUGUGCCAGCAUCUCUGCUUUGCAGUUUCAUUCAGAAUGGAGUGGUGAAAGAUGGGGUUUAUAUUCGGGGUUUAUUCCUGCUCUGUUGGAAAACACGACUUUGGCCUUGCUGGGAUUUUCCCCAUGCAGAAAUCCUGCAAUCCUGGGCCAGGAAGGUUGUUAUUUGGGGGUUGGGUUGGGUUUUUUUGUGGGCUGGCUUUCUGCAAUGAGGUCUUUUACACCCCAGAGAGAUGGAUCUGGGUCAUGACCAGCACAAUUCCUUCAGGAGAGACAAAUCCCCCUUUUAACCUGCUCUCCAAGAGCUUUUCCCCAUCCUUCCACCAUCCUCUUCCUCACCUUACAAGCCCCACAGUGUCAUCCCAGCCAGCAGCAGGAGCUCUGAGAGCUGUUUCAUCUCCUUGCCAUCAUUUUCAAGUUCUCAUCAUCUGUGGGGACAGCUGGAGGAUGCACAUCUGGGCACAGCUGGAGAGCAGCACCCUGAGACAUACAGCUCCUCUCCAUUCAUCCCUCAAUCCCCUCUAGCAGCUCUGCCAUGUCAUUGUUCCUAUUUCACAGCAGGUUCUUUCUCCUUUUCCUCCAGAAAGCUUGAAUUUACUCAUUCUUUGAUAAUUUUUAGAGCUCAGCCUGGUCAGCAAUGAGCUCAUCUUUACUGCUCCUGCUCCCCUAGCG